CGAAAACAGAAUAAACCCCCACAGAUAACAAUCUGAAAAGAAUAAAAAAAGAGUGAAUCUCUCAAUAAUGCUGAGAAGAAAACCCAGCAAAAUCCAAGUCAGAAUCGAAGACAAAGAAGAACUCGAAGAAGCUCGUAAACGCUCCCUCGCCGCUGCAGCUGCUGCCGCCGCCGCUGCAUCAACAACCACCAGUACCUCCGCAGCUACAUAUCUCAACCAACAACUAGAUCGUAACAAAGACCCAUCCACCAAAUCCAAUCGACUUGGUCUCUAAGAAUGGAAAUUGAACUAAAGCUUAAACUUCCCGAUUCAACAUCACAUCAGAAACUCUCAGAUCUUCUAUCUCCAUUUCAUAUCAAAACUCAUCUCCAAGAGAACAUAUUCUUCGAUGGUCUCAAUUCAGAACUUUCAUCAAAAAGAGCUGUACUCAGAUUAAGAUUCUACAACGAUGAUUCCCUCUGUGUUGUUUCAUUAAAAGCUAAAGCUGUACUUGUUAAUGGUGUUAGUCGUGUUGAAGAAGAUGAAGAAGAAAUUGAUCCUGUUGUUGGUAGAGCUUGUGUUCUUGAACCAUCGAAACUUUUGGGGAUUGAAGGUUCUAGGGUUUUGAAAAGAGUGAAAGAUGAGUUUUUUAUUGAGGAUGGUGAGAAAGGGUUUGUUUGUUUAGGUGGGUUUAGAAAUGUUAGAGGUGUUUAUGAAUGGAAGGGAUUGAAAUUGGAAUUGGAUGAAACUACUUAUGAUUUUGGGACUAGUUAUGAAAUUGAAUGUGAGAGUGAUGAUCCUGAAGGUGUGAAGAAAUUGCUUGAACCAUUUUUGAAGGAGAAUGGGAUUAGUUACAAGUAUUCAGAGGUUUCAAAAUUCACUGUCUUUCGAUCCGGGAAGUUUCCAGAAUGAUUGAAUAAGUGAGUGUGUUUUUCAUUAAAAUGUGUUUACCUGCAAUGUGUUUUGUAUUCUAGUUUAUUAAAGAAUAUGAUAUUAUGGUGUUGGAUGAAUAAUUUCUGGGUUUUGUAUUCUCCAAAAAGAGGAUGAAAUCUCAUUCGCAUUGCCCUAGAUUCAGCAAGCUCUGAAUAGGGGUUGAUUACAUAUCUGACAGUUUCAUAGUUAUAAGAGUUUGCAAGGUUUAAAUGGUUCAACAUGGUAAACAGACCUUCCUGUCCAUGUGUUUUUAAUAGCAUAUUGAUUAUAAAAAAAGAGAUUUGGCUUGUAUUUUAAA